CGCCGUCUCCCGGCCUGUCUGGAGCGCGGCAGCGGCAGUGGCGGCAGUGGUGGCGGCGCGGUAGGCACCGGCCGGGGGGAGCAGCACCAUGAGCGGAACACAGAACAAUGACAUGAAAAGACAGUUUCUGCUGGAGCGACUGCUGGAUGCAGUGAAACAGUGCCAGAUCCGCUUCGGAGGGAGAAAGGAGAUCGCCUCAGAUUCCGACAGCAGGGUAACCUGUCUGUGUGCCCAGUUUGAAGCCGUCCUGCAGCACGGCUUGAAGAGGAGUCGAGGGUUAGCACUCACGGCGGCCGCGAUCAAACAGGCAGCAGGCUUUGCCAGCAAAACCGAAACAGAGCCCGUGUUCUGGUUCUACGUGAAGGAGGUACUCAGCAAGCACGAGCUACAGCGCUUCUACGCCCUGCGCCACAUCGCCUCGGAUGUGGGCCGCGGCCGCGCCUGGCUGCGCUGUGCCCUCAACGAGAACUCCCUGGAGCGCUACCUGCACAUGCUCCUGGCUGACCGCGGCCGGCUCAGCACGUUUUAUGAAGACUGGGCUUUUGUCAUGGAUGAAGAAAGGUCUAGCAUGCUUCCCACCAUGGCGGCUGGUCUGAACUCCAUACUCUUCGCAAUUAACAUCGACAACAAGGACUUAAACGGGCAGAGUAAGUUUGCUCCCACCGUCUCGGACCUCUUGAAGGAAUCCACGCAGAAUGUGACCUCCUUGCUGAAGGAAUCCACGCAAGGAGUGAGCAGCCUAUUCAGGGAGAUCACAGCGUCCUCGGCUGUCUCCAUCCUCAGCAGAGCUGAGCAGGAGACCGACCCCCUGCCCGUGGUGUCCAAGCACGUCGGUGCUGAUGCCAAAUGUAAAAGGGAGCGGAAGAAGAAAAAGAAGGUGACCAACAUCAUCUCAUUUGAUGACGAGGAAGAUGAGCAGAGCUCUGGGGAUGUUUUUAAGAAGAUCCCCGGGGCAGGGGAGAGCUCAGAGGAGAACUCCGACCGGUCCUCGAUCAAUAUCCUGUCGGCCUUCGAAAGCCCCUUUGGGCCAAACUCUAACGGAAGUCAGGGCAGCAACUCUUGGAAAAUUGAUUCUCUGUCUCUGAACGGGGAGUUUGGGUACCAGAAGCUGGAUGUGAAAAGUAUUGAUGAUGAAGACGCAGACGAGAACGAGGAAGACAUGUACGGGAGCACGCCGGGAAGGAAGCGUCCGGGCCACUUGGAGUCGCCAGAGAAGCCGCGGGAUGGGGGCGCCUGCCUCUCCCAGAUGCACAGCUGGGCCCCGCUGCAGGUGCUGCACGGCCACGCCGAGGUGCUCUUCCCGGUCAGCGGUGUGGGCUCCUACGGGCCUGCAGAUGCCCCCCUCGGGAGCCUGGAGAACGGGAUGGGACCAGAGGACCACAUCCUCCCGGAGCCGGGACCCCGAUACAGUGUGGAAGCGAGUCCUCCAGGCCAGGAGAGUCCUCUGAGCAGCCUGUUACCUUCUGCCUCGGUGCCGGAGUCCAUGACAGUUAGUGACCUGCGACAAGCCAUCGUGGCCAUGAUGAACAGGAAAGACGAGCUGGAGGAAGAGAACAGGUCGCUGCGGAACCUGCUUGACGGCGAGAUGGAGCACUCGGCCGCGCUCCGCCAGGAGGUCGACACCUUGAAGCGGAAGGUGGCUGAACAGGAGGAGCGGCACGUCACGAAGGUCCAGGCGCUGGCGAGAGAAAAUGAAGUACUCAAAGUGCAACUGAAGAAAUACGUAGGCGCUGUCCAGAUGCUGAAAAGAGAAGGUCAAACAGCCGAAGUUGUCCCAAAUCUUUGGAAUGUUGAUGGAGAAGUUACAGUCCCUGAGCAGAAACCUGGAGAAGUCGCCGAGGAACUCGCAAGCUCCUAUGAAAGAAAGCUCAUCGAGGUGGCGGAGAUGCACGGGGAGCUGAUCGAGUUCAAUGAGCGCCUGCACCGGGCCCUGGUGGCCAAGGAAGCCCUCGUCUCCCAGAUGCGGCAGGAGCUCAUCGACCUGCGGGGGCCGGUGCCCGGAGAUUUGAGUCAAACAUCCGAAGACCAGAGUUUGUCGGAUUUUGAAAUAUCAAACCGAGCUCUGAUCAACGUCUGGAUCCCAUCAGUGUUUCUCCGGGGCAAAGCUGCCAACGCCUUCCAUGUGUAUCAGGUCUACAUCCGGAUAAAAGACGACGAGUGGAACGUCUACCGGCGGUACGCGGAGUUCAGGACUUUGCACCACAAGUUACAGAACAAAUACCCUCAAGUGAGGGCCUUCAACUUCCCGCCCAAGAAGGCCAUCGGAAACAAGGACGCCAAGUUUGUGGAGGAACGCAGGAAGCAGCUGCAGACCUACCUGCGCAACGUCAUGAACAAAGUCAUCCAGGCAGUCCCUGAGUUCACCGCCAGCCCCCAGAAAGAGACCCUGACCCAGCUGAUGCCCUUCUUCGUCGACAUCACCCCUCCCGGAGACGCGCUAACCAAGAACAGCCGGCCCAAAGCGGCUUCCCGCUUCCCCAAGCUGGCCCGAGGUCACCCCAGGGAGACGCGCAAUGUGGAGCCCCAGAGCGGUGACCUCUGACCUCGACGGUACCCCGGACUUGGGCCCUACGUGCUGCGCCAGCUGUCUCCACCCCGGCCAUGGCAGCUGGCCCCUGCCACCUCGGAGGGACCACCCUACCCCCACCGAUGAACCCCAGAGAGCACACCUGCCCUGCCGGGCAUGUGACACCCCGAUUAAACUGGGCUGUGAGAGCAGGGCGGCUCCUUCCUGGACAGAUGCGGGCACGUGGGCUCUGCUCUCCCCGCGCCCCGCCUUGGGCCUCAGGGGCCAGGUGUUCCCCUCCCUCCAGCCCAGAGGCCAGCCAGAGGGCGGGCACCGGGUCAGGCUCAGAGCCCCCUGGUCGCGAUGCACAAGGCUGUCUCAUUUGGUCGGAAGGUUCACUCACCGCUUGACUCUUUCCCACGUGGGAAUUCGAAUGACUGUUACUUUUUUCCCCCGUUUAAUGUAACUGCCUGCGACAACCUAUGAACCUGGAGGGGGAGCUAGUUCCUUUCCACGCACGCCCCGCCAGUGGUCAGCAGACACCCUAGUUCUUGCCACCAGGUUCCAGGGAGACAGUCCUGUGGCCUUCGUGCAGCGGAGCCAUUAGGGAUGAGGAACUGUGGCUCGUGGAGAACUUCCUACCUCCUCUCUGGUUGGUUCUGGAAGGACUGGCCCCUGUAGGACGCCCACGUGCACCUGGUCAGGCCAGCCGUCAGCAGCAACCUAGUGACCUCUACCAGAAAGCCCUGAGCUGUCUAGAGGCCGCGAAAGCCAAGAGGAGAGUCCUCAAGGCUUUGAGAGACUCGGUUCUGGGAAGCACUUCAGAAGCUUCUGUGGGCCUCCGGGGGUUCCAUAGAGCUUAGCGUGACUCUCUGUGAACUUAGGUGAACGUGACUCACUCUGAACAAAUCAUGAUUGUCCCCUAAAGACGGCACAUGUGGUGUCGGCCAGUAUGCUCUUGGUGGGAGCAGGGCCCUGGGUGCACCCCAAGAUUGACCCCUCUGCUCCCCCCAUUCAGAGAGCACCCCAGCACCACCAGCAGCAGGUGGGAGCAGGAGGAGGAGCAGCAUCAGAUCGCCCCCAUGGGACCAGAGCUGUUUGGCCAGUUUUAACAUCCAGAAGCAUGGAACUCUCCCCCACCCUGGGUAGGAGUCACCCUCAGCUGCUGAUACAAAAGAGGACCAAAAAGCGGCAUAAAUGAGUGAAGAGCAGAGGGCCGAGCACACCUCAGCUCACACCUGGGUGAGCAGUGUGGGUCAUAGUGGAAACCCUGGAAGGGCCAUGCGCGCACCCCCUGCUCACCAGAGGGAGGCUUGUCAAAGGCUCGUGACGUUCGCACACGGCCCUCCAGGGACUCAAGGAGGCUGCAGCGACUUUGGAGGGGACAUUCUACCUGGUGAGCCAGGCCCAGGGGAGCGACGUGAGCCGGCUGUCCUGCGUGGAUGGAGGUGGCAGUGUUUGUACAUGGGGGCCCUGCUGUCAGCCUGUGGGGGUCAGAGGACCCGAGGGACGGUGUGUCCCAGAAAGGCAGCGUGGUUGGUUUCCCCUCAUGUGCCCAGGGAUCCACUGCGCAUGCACCGUGCUGAAAUUCCCACACCCCAGAGCACUGCCUUGAACGCAGAGCCCUCCUCCACCCAGGCUUCUGGGACCAUCUGGAAGUUCCAGCUGCCCCAGAGCUCCGCCCCGCACGCGGUCUCUCCACAGGGGUCACUUUGAGGCCAGUGACAGCUGCACAGCCAGAUCCGAACCCAGGGUGUCUCCUCUCUGUUCACGAGACCCCGAAUAGAUCCAGCGCCCUGACAUUCUCCAGGGCCAAGGGCUCUGAUCAGCCAGGCUGUGUUGGCACCUGACCCCAAACACAUCUGAGUACAAUUUCUAGCCUCACCUUCUCCAGCUACCCCACCAGGAAGCAGCUUUGACGUUCUGUGCAUGGAGUGAAAAAACAGCAAAAAAAAAAAAAAAGGGGGGGGGUGGUGGCACUCAGAGCUACAGCAGACAGAUGCUGAGCAGGAGAGACAAGAGCAGUCUCGGCCUGUAUUUGGAAAGGAGCAGCUCUGCCUUCCUGUUUUUAAAGCUUAAUGAUUCAUGGGAAGCUUGCCCUGCCCUCCCAAAUGCAGGUUGUAGAGAGAAUGUUCCUGGGGCCCUGCGGGGGCCCCUCUGGGCUGCUUGCCCUCUGUGCCCCCGUUUCUGUGACCCUGCAGAGACCCCGAUCUUCAGUCCGUCUGGUUUCAGCUCAGAUACGUGUGUGACGUGCACAUCACGUCUCCUCCUCAAAGCCUUAGCUCUGGAGUCACACGGAAUGUUCUGCUAUGAUAGAGCCCUGCUCGCCAGGGCGGUGGGAUGGACUUAGAAGGGGCAGACCCCCAGCUCCUGGAGAAAGAGAACGGAACCCCGAGGUCCAGGCCGAGACCUGGGGUAACAAUGCCACCCCCGAGGCCGUGUCCCUGUCUGUGCACCCACCCCGAUCUAAGUCAGAAGGCAGGAUGUCCCCCCCGCCCCCGAGACCCAUCAGGUGAAAGAUGGCCCCCCAUAAAAGACCAGCUGACAUUGGCUGCUGUCUCCUUGAUCAAAGAUUCUUUAGCACCUAAGAAAGUGCUCCCCAUUCUUCAGAAAGGAAAGGAAGGGCCCCUCUGUCUCCAGAAGGCCUUGACCCUAUGGCGCCCCACCUGCCCUGGGAGCAGGAAAUGCUCCCUCCAAGUCCCCAGAGCACAGCCCAGCGGGCUCUUCAGGGGCGGCUUCAGCCCGGUCGGGAAGGAAGCCCAGCCAGGUCCAGUUCCACUUGCAUCUCACAGAAAAAGCAGAGACAUCUCUCCUUAAGAGAAAACCAGAGCUCCCAGGGAGUGAGGGCUGAGGCUGGUGUACACCUCGCCCUGAAGCGAGCUUUCUCAGCUGCUGCUCCCGCAGCCCCUGUGAAAACCACACAGAUCUCUCUCCAGUCAGGCCCCAGGGGAGGAGGCGGGGCUGUUGCCCUGCACAGAGGUCGGAGGUCGCUGUGAACACCAUAGCCUGGCCCAUCUAAGGGCUUCCUGGCCAUAGAAGGAUCACCAAUGGAGCUGCAGAGACAGGGUACCACCCUGUGAGUCCUGGCAAGAGGCACAAACAGUGAGGGAGAGGCCGGUGAGCCAGGGUGUGUGGACCAGGUGUGGUCACCCAGGGCAGGCCCCGCGGCCCUGCUCGGGGCCUAUUAGGAUGCCUUCUUUGAUAACCGUUGGAUUCGACAGCACUGCCAGGCUGUGUUGUACCUUUCAGAACACAGAGGCAAUCAAAGUUGUUUACACCCCGGGACUGGUAACACAGCUGCAGCCAGUUCCGAGAGGCAGCGGGCACUGGAGGCCCGAGAAUUCAUCCCCAGGUUUUGGGCCCGGAAGCAGGAAAGAAGACCCUCUGGGCAGCCCCGGGGAUCCAAAGCUGUGCUGCUUUUGUCUCCUGACACCUAGCACCCCAGGAUCUGUGGCCCGGGGUGGCCUCUCUGCUCAUGAGACAGUGUGCCCACCAGAGGGCCUGGUCACAGGGUCCCAGGCCUCAGCCCCACCACCUCACCUGCUCAUCUUCACGGGUGCAGCCUGGAGCCGCCAGCUGGCCCCACACCAGAAGCCAGAGCCCGUUCUCAGGUCCCAGCAGACCUCUCCUAACCAGUCACCUUCAACAUCCUUCACCCCUCAGCCCGGCAGCUUGGUGCCAGCGCCCAUGCAUGGGAGGCGCCUUCCUCUACAAGGAGGAUCUCGCCUGGGCGAGUCACUGACUAGAUCCUCAGCCUGGAGCUGGGAUGGGCAGCCUCCGAGACCUAUCAGAAAAAGACCCUGCCCAGGAGCAUCAGAUGAGCUAAGCGCUUUCUCGAAGGAGCAUGCCACGCUCAAGCUGCUACCCCAAAGGCAAUAACUGUCUCAACUCUGCCUCAGUGUUCCCCUUCCAGACAGUGCCACCCAUGCUGGACCUCACCCCCGCACUGGAUGCCCCUGGCAGGCAGGCAUCUGCUCACGAGCAAGGCCUUUUGCAACGAUCAUUUUUCAGAAUAUUGCACGUUGCUUCUUUAAGUGUCUGCUGUUCAGAUUGGCUUUCUGUGCUAAGUGCACAGUUGUAGCACUAUAUAUUUUAUCUAAUGUUACCUUGCCAAAAAUUUCAUUUUUCCUGUUUCCCUAACACGUGUCUAAAAGAAAACAGCUCCCGGAUUGAUAGGAGCGAACAGGGAGCACUGCCCACCUCCAUGCUCCGAGCAGAGCAGCUGUCCGCCCAGCCCGCGGUGGAAACGUCCCUGCUCAGUUUGUCUCAGCAUUUUGGACCAUCCCGUUUGCCACCCUUGCCUGUUGCCAGGAAUGGGCCUGAUUUUGGUAGUUCUCAGUCCUAACAACCACAUUGAAUAGGUUUCCUUACUUACUCAAUCGAUUUCUGAAGAGAAGCAAAAAAAAAAAAAAAAAAAAAAAAAAAAAUCUGGUUUUUCUAAAAGAUGGGUGAGCUUAUAGCAAGGUUGAGCAGCCCCACUAGAAGAACAGAACAGCCAGAUCCAGAGGGUUCCAAGGUCCAGGGGUUCAGUUGUUUCUGGCACAGGGAUGAUUUGCCAUCCUCACCGAAGACCACUGGCUGACCUGCCAAGAUGCCCCCCUUGCCCUCAGACCCCAUCCCUGCCUUCACGAACUGCAAGGGGAGAAGCCAUGCCCCUCUGGCAGUUCUCUCUGCCAUCGCUUGAGGCCAUACAAGGGGACCUUUGCAACAGCUGGGACGGAAGACAGAAACAGGAUCGCACAUUUGCAACCAGCGUUGAGAUGAGCUGGAGAAUGGGCAUUGCCAGGAGUGAGGGGGUGGUGGAGCUAAUUGGGGCUUCUUAUCACCUGGGAUGCAUCCUAGAAAGAAUGUCUUGACCUCUGUAACCUUAGCAGCACCAUCUCUGGCAUCCCCAUUUGGUAAAACACUGCUUAACUCACCAGAUGCUGACUUGGUGGUGGAAGAAUCCUUUUGACUGCAGGCUCCAUGGUGACCCAUGAGUGGGUCCCCGCGAGCCGUCUGUUUGAGAGGGAACAGGCGACAGAUCUGGAGUCUCUGGUCUGGACGUAAGCGAGGCUGAGAAGUCCACAGAUGGGCUGUGAAACGCGUAGUAUUAUCUUAACUACCCUCUUCUGUUACAGUUUACACAAUAGAAUUUUUAAACAAAUGUGUUUAAUUUUCUAAAAUCUCUUGUAUUAAAAUUUUCUUUUGGAAUAAGCUGUGGUAAUUUUGUUACAAUCUAGUUGAGACACACCUCUUUACAAUGACAAAAUUAAAGCUGUUACAUUUUCUAAAUUA